UGACGAGGCAUAUUCUUCCGGGUUAUUUUGUCAUGCCAUGUGUUGUGGGAUCUGAAUUCUGAUUUUAGCAAAAUGAGUUCUCAAAAAGGCAACGCAUCUCGCUCGCGAGGACAGAAGCACCAAAACACGACUGCUUACAAGAACGACAAAUAUGGAGCAAGUGUUCAAGUAAAGAUAGCAAACUCAAAGGUCCACGACGGGUUGUGCCAACGCUGCAAGGAAGUUAUUGAGUGGAAAGUCAAGUACAACAAAUACAAAUCCCUCACCCAACCCCGAACAUGUGUGAAAUGUUCUCAGAAGACCGUGAAGGAUGCGUAUCACGUCAUUUGUAAACCCUGUGCCCUGAAGCUGGAGCUUUGUGCCAAGUGUGGGAAGAAAGAGGACAUCGUAAUUCCGGUUGACACAAAGAAGCAGGAAGAGGAGGAAGACACCAACCAAAAGAAGACAGGAUGCACUCUGAGGAAGAAAGACUUAGAUGAGUUUGACAAUGAGGAUUUUGGCAACUUGAGCAGUGACUAUGAGGACUUUGCCAGUGACUCAGGUCUUGAGAAUGGAGGAGGCAAGGCCCCUAUCGCUGAUAUGGCACAUGUUAGUUUCAAAGACUGAAGACAGCCAAACCAAGACCACCAUAACUGUACCUCUACUCUAUUCAUUUAAAUGUAUUAUUAUACAUAUCCUCUGAUUUAUACAUACUUUUGCAUAGAAGCCUCUUCACUGUAGAGUUCACCACUCUCAUACAGUAGCCUACUUGUAUUUGGGGUUGGAACAUUAAAUAAACAAAGCCCACUUUCAAUUAACUGUUUUGUAAUAAAUCCUAUGGGAUAUCAAUGGUCAUGUUUUGAUAGUUUUAAGGAAGCGUUAUCCUGUCGUGUUUUAAAGGGCAAUUGACAAGCAUUACUAGGAUAGUCAUUAUGGUGACCCCGCAGUAUUUCCCAUUGAAAAAAAGAUAACCCGUGCAUUCGGUAAGUAUUCAGACCUUGACUUUUUCCACUUGUUACAUUACGGCCUUAUUCUAAAAUGGAUUAAAUUGUUUUCUUCCCCCAAUCUACACACAAUACCCCAUAAUGACAAAGCUAAAACAGGUUUUUAGAAAUGUUAAGAAAAAUUUAUGUAAACUCGAAUGGAAAUUUCACAUUUUACAGAAGUAUUCAGACCCUUUACUCAAUACUUUGUCGAAGCACCUUUGGCAGUGAUUACAGCCUCGAGUCUUCUUGAGUAUGGUGUUACAAGCUUGGCAGACCUGUAUUUGGGAAGUUUCUCCCAUUCUUCUCUGUAGAUCCUCUCAAGCUCUGCCAAGUUGGAUGGAGAGCGUCGAUGCACAGCUAUUUUCAGGUCUCUUCAGAGAUGUUUGAUCGGGUUCAAGUCCGGGCUUUGGCAGGGCCACUCAAGGACAUUGAGACUUGUCCUGAAGCCAUUCCUACGUUGUCUUGGCUGUGUGCUUAGGGUUGAUGUCCUGUUGGAAGGUAAACCUUCGCCCCAGUCUGAGGUCCUGAGCGCUCUGGAGCAGGGUUUCAUCAAGGAUCUCUCUGUACAUUUCUCCGUUCAUCUUUCCCUCGAUCUGACUAGUCUCCCAGUCCCUGCUGCUGAUAAACAUCCCCACAGCAUGAUGCUGCCACCACCAAGCUUCACCAUAGGGAUGGUGCCAGGUUUCCUCCAGACGUGACGCUUGGCAUUCAGGCCAGAGUUCAAUCUUGGUUUCAUCAGACCAGAGAAUCUUGUUUCUCAUGGUCUGGGAGUCCUCUAGGUGCCUUUUGGCAAACUCCAAGCGGGCUGGCAUGUACCUUUUUACUGAGGAGUGGCUUUCGUCUGGCCACACUACCAUAAAGGCCUGAUUGGUGAAGCGCUGCAGAGAAGGUUCCCCCAUCUCCACAAAGGAACUCUGAAGCUCUGUCAGAGUAACCAUCGUGUUCUUGGUCACCUCCCUGACCAAGGCCUUUCUCCUCAGUUUGGCCAGGCGUCAAGUUCUAGGAAGAGUUUUGGUGGUUCCAAACUUCUUCCAUUUAAGAAUGAUGGAAGCCACUGUGUUCUUGGGGACCUUCAACGCUGUAGAUAUUUUUUGGUGCCCUUUUUAAGCCUUGAGACAACUGAGACAUGGAUUGUGUAAGUGUGCCGAUCAAGGGGUGAAUGAGGAAGACAAAUUUAAGUACUUUUGGACUGGGUAUGGUAGUAGGUUUGUGUUGAGCACUGCAAUGCUGCUGUGGUUUUCACGCUCAACAGUUUCCUGUGUGUAUCAAGAAUGAUCCAGCUAACUUUACACCACUUUGGAAAGCAUCGGAGUCAACAUGGGCCAGCAUCCCAAUGGAACGCUUUCAACACCAUGUCCUGACGAAUUGAGGCAGUUCUGAGGGUAAGGGAGGUUAUUAUAUAUUGUUAUUUAAGCUCUUUGCUUUCCUCUGUUGGCCAUGGUGGGACAUCGUCUCUCAGUUCUCUCACUUUCAGGAUAAGGCUAUGGGGACAUUGUGAGUCAUACUAACUUGUUAACGUGCUAUUACCAGAAUUCAUUGAUGAUCUCAGAGCGGGUUUUAUUUAGUGCCUUUAGUAAUGCUCACAUGGGUUUGUUCUGCUUUUUCAAACACACGUAAUCGAAAACGCAUGAUCAAAUGUCUUGUGACAUGCUCUUUCUAAAUUAAAAGGACAGACCCAAAUAACAAAACUUUCCUUACCUUGAAAGCAUAGUCAAAUCAAAUUUUAUUUGUCACAUACACAUGGUUAGCAGAUGUUAAUGCGAGUGUAGCGAAAUGCUUGUGCUUCUAGUUCCGACAAUGCAGUAAUAUGAAAAUGCAAUCCUUCCUUGAGCAGAGUCUGCUUUAAAACAUCACAGCAUCUGUUAAUGCUAGGAAAGGCUGUCUUGCUAUCAAUUGAGACCUUAGUGUGCAUGUGCUUUGAAAUAUGAAUAGUGUUUAAAUUAAGAACUAUUUUAUUUACAUUUUAUGAAUGAUAAAAAAUAUAACCAAUGUUUCUAAAAGGCACCGUUACAGGCUUUAGUUUGAGGUUGGUUGGCACAGGUGAUAUUUAAGAGCUGUACAGCCCAUGCUUCAGUUGGCAUGAGAGAUGUUUGAAGAGCUACAUGGCUAUUUAGCGCUUCCUCUUUAAGUUAAAGCCUUUGUUGUCUUAUUUACCCUGUUUGGCUUGCUCCACCUUUUUGUUUUUAUUCCCUAAAUGUUUUUAUUUUAUUUUUUGUUUAUCAUGCAGAUCUAGUGGGCAUCCAUGGUUUGUUAAGACCCUACUUGAGUUUGCUUGGCCAGCACCCAGUGAGUAAGGAAACCCCAUGGAUGCCUUUCACUACCCGUUUUAAAACCAUACCCGCUUUCUUUUGGUUGUCAGUGGCUCAUUUGUUAGAUCCCUUUUUCACUGGAGUAACCAUUUUUUGUUGUUAUUAUUGAACUUGACAGGAUCCUUUUUUGAUUUUGUUCAUUAGACAUUUUAAACUCCAAGCAUAGCCUCUGGAAGUAGUGCACUGAGCCUUUUAAUAGUCCCGUAUUAGUGGACCCAUAUAGUCAUUUGUAGGUUUGUGCAAAUUAAUUAUUUCAGCAGGCUGACUAAGCGUCUCAUUUGUUGAGUGCGCUCUGCUACUUUGAAUUGUUUUCUCAAUAAUUUUGGAUGCAGAUUUUAAAUGUAUGCUUAACACCCCUCCCCAAUGAACCUUUCUAUUCAUUUUUGGAAGAUCCAAAACAAACUUUGGGCCAAACUCUCACAUUGGAAUGCCCAGGGAGAUUCAGUGUUGAAGCAGUGAGCUUUAGUGCUGAACCAGCAACUGUUUGAAAUUGUCUGGAUUAUGACAUAAAUUGCUUAAUAUGA